AUGGCUUCCGCUACUUACAGCUGCACUAACGAGCAACAUAUUGUUUAUCAACCUCUGGUUGAACCAGAAAUUUUUUACCCCACUCCCCCUUCUCUCCAGAUUGAAUUAACCUUCUUCAUUCUACUCCGACGCACGCGCCAUUAUCGCUUGAUCGAUCACUUGGUCGAUCUUGACGACGAUUACAGUUUGUUUUCCCAAGAAACCAUGCGUUUUGAUCUCGAUGUUUUGCAAAGCUAUGAUCGGACUUACCAAAUCCUUUCUCCCAUGCUAGUAAGACUCAAAGUCAACCCCAACGCUCGUCGGCCCCGUGCCAUCAUCGAUGAAAUCAUCCGACAAGGAUGUAGCGUCGAAACCUCGGAGUCCAACAAGGAAAGUCAAGUCUGGCCUUUGCAUGCAAUGCUAUGGGUAACGAUUGUGCAACAUGUGAACGAGGAAGAGGAAGAGGAGGAUUUGAUCGAAAGAGCUCUGGAAGAAUCGGCAUCGGAGUUUGAAUCAAGCAACUAUAACAUGGUUCCAGCCAAGGAGUCAUCCAUCAAGAACAUGCUGAAGAGCGUUCGAGUGGAAGCUGUAGAGUGUGAUCAAAAAGGUGAAGAAAGAAUCAUGGAAAGGCUUUUGGAAACUGAAAACUGUGUUAUUUGUUUGGAGGAACUCAAGGUUGGAUCAGAUGCUUCUCGGAUGCCAUGUUCUCAUACUUUCCAUGGUGACUGCAUCGAAGAGUGGUUGAAGCAAAGCCACUAUUGCCCUAUUUGCCGGUUUGAGAUGCCGACAGAGUGA